CAUAACAGCCCAAAAAAACUCCCUCUUCUAGUCUUCUGCUGCGCGACUUUACCUUCCAAUUGCAGAUGCUUGAACCCUAAAAUUCGCAUACGUAUGUUCUUCGCUUGUUGCGCUGGUGAUUCGACUCGGUUCUGUGCUAUUCACUUGUUCUAUUCUUUGCUGUCGCUUGUUCUAGUCUCUGCUGGAGCUAUUCUGUAUUCUCUUUCAUUGGUUCUAGAGGUGUUCCUGUUCGUCCGUUGUUCUAGUCUGCUGGUCGACUCAGUGCCUAGCGGCCGACCAGCGUUUUUGCAACCAUGUAUCCGUACCACAUCGCUAAUUUGGGACAUGAACUCCUAUCUCUUCUGUUGAAUCGAAGUUGUUCUUUUUGUCCUAGUUCGGCAAUCUUAAGAAUGGCUUGGAUACAAGCUGGAAAAAAGGGUGUCCAAGCCAGUAUCACCAAAGCUUUAACUUCAACACAAAAACGACAAGCAGUGGGGUUGUUUUUUGCAACUAAAAACCUGGAGGUUGUAAAAUCUUCUGCUUCAGCGAGAUGUAUACAAGAGUUCUCUUCAAGCACGAUUCUAUGUGGGUCCAAUUAUUGCAAAGUUAUGAGAAAAGAAUCCCUGAUAAGGUGUUUUCAUGCCAGUCCGGAACUGUUGGCUAGAAGAGAAAACGAUGAACCAUUUGCUAAUAAUCUUAAGAAAACUCACAGAAAAGGGAAAUAUGCAAAAAAAGAAAAGAAAACUGAACCACCUGUUGAAGCCCCAUAUGUGCCUCCAAAAUUGAGAAGAACUGCCAAAUCUUUGCAAGAUAAAGUAGUUGAUGUAUUUGAAGGCAUGACCGUUUCUGAGCUUGCCAAACGUACUGGUGAGUCAACAGUCACCCUUCAGGAUAUUCUUGUUAAUGUUGGGGAAAAGGCUGAGUCAGAGUUCGAGCCUCUCAGCAUCGAUGUGGCAGAGUUGGUUGCGAUGGAAGUUGGUAUCAAUGCUCGAAGGAUCCACUCCAAUGAAGGUGCAGAACUUUUACCACGACCUCCUGUUGUAACAGUCAUGGGUCAUGUUGACCAUGGUAAAACUUCCCUUCUAGAUGCUUUGCGGCAAACAUCAGUUGCAGCGAAAGAAGCCGGAGGCAUAACUCAGCAUCUGGGUGCUUUUGUUGUUGACAUGUCAUCUGGAGCAUCAAUCACAUUCCUAGAUACUCCUGGCCAUGCUGCAUUUAGUGCAAUGCGGGCAAGAGGAGCAGCUGUAACAGAUAUAGUCGUGCUAGUUGUGGCAGCUGAUGAUGGUGUGAUGCGACAAACUCUUGAAGCAAUGUCUCAUGCGAAAGCAGCUAAUGUACCCAUUGUGGUUGCAAUUAAUAAAUGUGACAAACCGGCUGCCAACCCUGAUAGAGUAAAAAUUCAGCUUGCAUCGGAGGGGUUGCAGCUGGAGGAGAUGGGUGGGGACGUUCAGGUUGUUGAGGUUUCAGCGGUGCAGAAAACUGGAUUAGAUAACUUGGAAGAGGCUUUGCUUCUUCAAGCGGAGAUGAUGAAUCUAAAAGCCCGUAUUGAUGGUCCUGCUCAAGCGUAUGUGGUUGAGGCAAGACUUGACAAAGGACGCGGUCCAUUGGCUACAGCAAUAGUGAAGGCGGGGACCCUGGUCUGUGGACAAUAUGUUGUCAUAGGUUCAGAAUGGGGAAGGAUAAGGGCUAUUAGGGACAUGAUAGGAAAACUUGCAGUGCAGGCCAGACCAGCAAUGCCUGUUGAAAUUGAAGGGUUGAAAGGACUUCCAAUGGCAGGUGAUGAUAUUAUUGUUGUGGAAUCCGAGGAGAGAGCUAAAAUGCUUAGUGCAGGUAGGAAAAGGAAAUUUGAAAAAGAUAGGCUUCGGAAGAUCAGUGAAGGUAUUGAAACUUUGGAAACAUGUGAAGAUGGUGAUGAAGAACAACUGCCUAAGAGGGUUGAAAUGCCAAUAAUUGUUAAAGCAGAUGUGCAGGGUACUGUGCAAGCUGUCACAGAUGCGUUGAGGACUUUAAAUAGUCCACAGCUUUAUGUGAAUAUAGUCCAUGUUGGAGUUGGUCCUAUCUCUCAUUCAGAUGUUGACUUAGCACAAGCCUGUGGUGCAUGUAUUGUGGGCUUCAAUGUCAAGAGUCCACCUAGUUCAAUUAGUCAGGCCGCGAUUCAAGCCAGUAUAAAGAUAAUGAUGCAUCGCGUGAUCUAUCAUCUUCUAGAGGACGUUGGUAAUUUGAUAGUAGACAAGGCUCCUGGAACUUCUGAGACCCAGGUCGCUGGGGAGGCUGAGGUGUUGAGUAUAUUUGAGCUCAAAGGAAGGAGCAAAUCCAAGGGAGAUGAUGUGAAGAUUGCUGGCUGCCGGGUGAUAGAUGGCCGGGUGACCAAAUCUUUGUUGAUGAGGAUUCUGAGAAGUGGGGAAAUUGUUUAUGAAGGUUCUUGUGUAUCACUCAAGCGAGAGACGCAAGAUGUGGAGACAGUAUCGAAAGGCAAUGAAUGUGGACUCGUGAUUCACGAUUGUCAUGAUUUCCAGGUUGGAGAUAUCAUCCAAUCCUUAGAGCAAGUAAUUAGAAAGCCCAAGUUCAUUUCAUCGGAGAGUGGUGCUGUUCGGAUCGAGUGCUGACAUGUGUGGUUAAGUUAAACAAUUCUCAUGCACAAGGCUCCUGCAGUGCGCUGGUCGGAGACUGGCUGGAUGUAGCUUACCCUCACAUAAUACGUGAAGAGGUUUUCAAGAAUUGAACCUGGGACCUCUAGGUUGCAUCCCACAUAAUAUGCAUGGUGAUAAUUUUAAUUAACCUUCUGAUUUUUCUUUGCAUCAACUUUUCAUUCAAGUGCUUGAAUAUUGAUAGGCACACAUUCCGUCAAAAAUUGUUGUUUCUGAGGCUGAAGCGCAUAUUAUGGGAGUUUCGCCACUGAUGGUCCAGUUGAGCUCCAUACUUUUUAAGUGGUGCAGUUUUGACCCGAAUUCUUUUGUUUAUUUAUUUUUUUUGUUUAAGGCUUUUAGUAAAUAUUCCAUUAGGCAAGACAAAUUUUAUUGUGAAUUUAGAGGACUUUGUUUAUUUUGAGAGGACUGGACAAAUCAAACGAUAUGUAUGUUAUUGUAAGACUCUUCCGCCUCCCUCUUCCCUUUUUAUUUUCAAAGAUAGAGCAGAUCAAUGAGUUCUGCAUUUGUUGUUCGAAA